CUGCAUUUCUUCGUUUAGCACUUUUCCCUUCUAUAGUUUAACAAGAUGAUCAGUUCCAAGAAGCUACUGAAAUUGGCAAGAAAAUGGCAGAAGCUGGCUGCCAUCAAGCGAAAAAGAAUUACAUUGCCUCGUACCACUACAAGUAUUGAUUCAAACAGUUGUAGUACACCACUGAAGGCAGAAAAAGGCUAUUUUUCAGUUUACUCUGCAGAUCAAAAACGUUUUCUUCUUCCUUUAGAACAUCUUAAUAAUGAAAUUAUCAAAGAGCUAUUCAAAAUGGCAGAGGAAGAGUUUGGAUUUCCAAGCAACGGGCCUCUUACGCUACCAUGUGACGCAGAGCUUAUGGAAUGUGCAAUUGCUUUAAUCAAAAAGCAGGUUACUAGAGACGUGGAGACUGCUUUCUUGAUGUCCAUAUCCAGCAGUUGUUCUUCACUGUCUUUCUCUCUCCAAGAUCCUCUAACAAGCCUUCAAUUACCAAUUUGCAGUUUUUGAAGUGUUAUAGUUAGUAGAUCUGUAAACAAGCCAUACAAGUGUACAUUUAUACAAUUUACUGUUAGCCUUAAAAA